AUGCCUACUGCUGCUGGUUUAUUAUUAAGUUCUGUGUUUGGUGCAUCUGUUAGAUGGGUACAAACCGCCAUGAGCGGAGGUCCUUCAAAAUUGACGUCAAAAAUCAUAGGCUACUCGAUAUUCAUGGGUUCAGCUACCGGUGUCUACCUUUUGGUGGUUGAUCCAACCAUCCAAAACACACAACUGCUUUUUGAAAGAAGAUUGACUUUGUUGCGUGAGCAAAGAGAGAAAAGAGCUGAAUUCUACGACUUUGAACCAGUUACAAAACAACAUCCAUAUAAAAGAGGUGCAUUCACCCAGCUUCUUGAUAAAUUUGGUGCUAAAUAUCAAUAA